AUGGACCAGUCAAAAUUCCGUUGUCCUAAAGUGAAAGGACGCCCAAGCAAGGCCUUAGAGGCCCUGUAUAGGCCAACACUGCAUUGCAGCGGAUUUUGGAUACAUGGUCAUCAGCUACGAUUCUCGAUUUGUAAUGAAGAUGUCCGUAAAGAUUCCACGACCCAGCUGGAGUUACUCUUUCUAGCCCUGUCCAGCCUCCGGGAACAUCACAGCAAAUUGCCGUUGGUGCUGCACCUGCAGCAAGACAAUUGCUUCCGCGAGGGGAAGAACCAGUUUGUAGCAGCGGCAAUGAUCUUGCUAGUGAUUUUGCGAGUAUUCAAAGCCACCGCAUGUGGCUUUCUCAGAACUGGUCAUAGCCAUGAGGAUAUUGAUCAGGCUUUUGGGUCCUUAUCAGCACUCUUGGCUCUGGGUCGGUUUGAUUCUCCAGAACGAUUGGUUGACCUCAUCAAUGGUGGUUCUGGCCAGCGUUUGAAAAACCAUAUUCGCAGCAGACACGUGUAUGCUUCCAUCCUCGACCAAACAGCCUGUUGGAAAGCUUGGGUGCAACAGCUUGCUGUCAAGCUGAAAGGUAUCAGAUUCUUUACUCCAACUUUGUAUAUGUAUAUAUAUAUGUUUAAUUUUCUGAAUCUAGCUGAACCAUUAACUUGGGAAUAUGCAUUUUUUUAA